UAUUUUGGGUCAUGCUUUGGAUUAACCACUGCAGCUAUUUUGCCAAAAAAAUUUAGAUUCUAUUAGAAAUUAAGUUUAGCAUCAAGGUAUUCUUAAAUGCUUAAUUCAGAGUCGCUGUUUGUGUUAGUACAUUCUUGAUCACUUAAAACGGAGUGACUUUCAAAUAUUUAUGUGA